AUGAACACCAGGAUCGAUUCCACGAGCCAGCCCAAGGUCAAAGCACGAACCGUUACGUGGCAGGAGAUCUCCGAAUGGCAGCUCGACAACAAAUAUAUCCUCGGUGGCUACCGGCCCGCGAAAGCAGACUAUCUUGAGAUCUUCACCAGCCUGACCUUUUUGCACAAUGAGUCUUGCAAUGUCUAUACUCAUCUGAUCGGGGCUCUGCUCCUACCACUCGUUGCAACUACUUUUUGGCGAGAAUUGGCACAGCCUCAAUUUCUCGGUGUGUCGUUUAUGGACUACGCUAUGUUUGGGAUCUACUUCUGGUGUGCGGAAAUCUGUUUGGUCCUCAGCGCGCUCUACCACCUGAUGCAACCCCACUCGCAUAGAGUAGAACAGUUCUGGCAUGGAAUGGAUCUGCUUGGGAUUGUUGUUGUGACGGUGGGCACAUUUUCGUCCGGCAUCUACUAUGUCUUCUUUUGCGAAGCGAGCUUGCAGAAAUUGCACUGGGCUAUUGUCCUAGUCACGGGAUUUGUCACCGGUGUCCUAAUCUCGAAUCCUUUGCUCAAAACACCGCGCUGGCGGAAAGUGAAGGUGGGCGCUUUCGUUCUCUUCGGCGCUUCAUCAUUUAUACCUUUGCUACAUGGAGUUCAACGAUACGGACUCGGAUACAUGCUGCAAUACUCGGGAAUGCGAUGGUACCUACUCGAGCUGAGUCUCUAUGGCAUUGGAGUCAAACGCUUGGCGCCUGGAAGGUUUGAUAUUUGGGGAAGCUCGCACCAGAUCUUCCAUCUCGCUAUCUUAGGCGCAAUGUACACACACCAGAUUGCUCUACUGCAAGGCUUCACAGCCUGCCAUACAUUGGAUGUGUGUCAGCUCCAGGGUGUCUAA